GUGUUAUCGUGUGCGUAUCACAAUGCAAACAUGGUAUAUUAAGUAAACCUAUUCCUUGUAAAAAUAAUUAUUCAAAAUGUCUCUGCAACGGCGGACACUCUGCUUCUUACUCCUUUUAUUUUUAGAGGAUGAUCUUCGCUUUGUUGCCGGUGUAUCUGUGGAAACAAUCACCACAGAGUACAUCAAUCAGCCUCAAGGACCCCCACCUCCGCCCAACUCUGUAUUGUCGAUAACUUCCACCAACAGAUUUGUGCCAGACCCACCAGCGCCUAAGGUAUAUUCAUAUGGACCUUACCCGCCUCCGACCAUUGCAAGGCCGAACUAUUUUGAAAACUAUCCAGCGUACACAACUACUGUAGAAAUAUCACCGACGAGGCAAGAACAGAAACCUGAAACUGUAACAAUCAUAGAGAAAGUCGAAACUCCUCCUCAGCCCCCAACUCCUCCACCCCGGUUCCCACCGUUCCCCCCUAAGCCAUCGAUUCCUCAAACAACUGUACAAGAAACCUUACAAACAAAAUAUUUUCCGGAUAGGUAUCCCCCGACAGUAGAAACUAAAACCACUGAUUUUACUAUUCCAUCUCAAGAGCUGAAUUCGGAUAAGCCUGUGAUUUUGCAAAUCAACGUGCCUGCUCCAGCUCCAGAGCCUUUACCAACUAUUCUACCUCAGCCUCUUGGUAUGCCUACAAUUGACUAUUCUCCCUGCGGAAUGCCUCCAAGUCCUCUCGUCGUGAUGGAAAAGUCAAAAUCUUCGUUGAAGAGUAUUCUUCCAAUUCUCUUCUUGUCCCUUUUUGAUGGAGGUCGUGGAAACAACGGAUGCUGUUGCUGUUCAAAACCUGCCAAUAUACCAGUUCCGUACCCCAUCCCUGUACCUUACAACAAUCCCGUUGUUACGAACCAAGGUAAAGGAAAGAGUAAAAGGCCAGCUAAAGAUAAUGAUGACGGUGACAACGAUGGCAAUUGAUGGACAGGUUUUAGUCAAUUAUAACAAUCUUAUUUAAUUGAUGUCAAGUUCUGCUGCACAAGAUAAGAAUGGGCCACUAACCACUCACAAUAACUCAAUAAACUAACAGAUAAGAACUUAGGAAUCCGAAAAUGUGAGAACCUUACAGAAGAAAAAGUGUCAACAACAUACAAAAUAAGUUUAGUAUCCAUAGCUCAGGAAUUAGAAGAGCAAUAUUGAAUCCGAUAUCAUGAAUUUUUCAUUGAGCGUAAUCAAAUUCACUUAAAUGGAAGGAGACACUUCUCAGUAAAUACUCCCCGUAUUUAUUUCAAUAUUUCUGUUUUAAAUGCUAAGUUCAUUUGCAUUAUUUAUCAGAUAUUUGGAAGAAAACUGUGUUGUCAGGGCUCACAUGACUAUCUAAGAAAUGAGAUGUUUUAGUCAAUAUAAUAUUAGACAUAA